CUCUUUUCGGGCCUGAGGGAAUUGGCUGCCAUUCCCAACAAUUGCAGGCCAUUGUGGAACCUGCGGCGAAUCGGUUGAAGGCGGUCGGGUGUUUCCUUUUUGAUCUACUUUUCCUGUUUUCAUCAGGCCAUGCCGAUGAGCCUAACUCGGUGCGCGAGGUAUUGAGACCAUGUGAAAUCUCAUUCGGCAAUUUUUGAAUAUUUGGCUUUUUUUCCUUCGUCAUCGUCCGAACAUGGCGACACCCGCGCCCAACCCUCAGGGGCCGAGCCUCUCGAUGCGCCUGAAAUCGGCCAUGAUUAUGGGCAUGACGGGCCUCGUCUCAAAAUGUUUCUUGUACGGGUUCAACAGGGUCGAAGUGACGGGGCUCUCCCGCUUUCUCGAUAUCCUAGACAGCCGUAGAGAUCCUGCAAAUCGCCAGCGCGGCCUCUUGACCGUCUCAAACCACGUCAGCGUUCUCGACGACCCCGUAGUAUGGGGCAUUCUCCCCCUUCGCUACACCUUUGACCCAUCCAACCUGCGCUGGACUCUCGGCGCCGCCGACAUCUGUUUCGCCAACAAAUUCCUCACCAACUUCUUCACCCACGGCCAAGUCCUGCCCUGCCACCGGCUCAAACACUCCCCCUUCGGCGGCCCCUUCCAGCCGGCCCUGGGGCAAGCGAUCCGCCUCCUCUCCACCCCCCUCCCCUUACCCCCGCACCACCAGACCUACACCACCACCGGCCGCGACACCCACCCGUCUCCCCUAAUCCACGGCGCCUUCCGCCGCCACAGCUGGGUGCACGUGUUCCCCGAGGGGUGCGUGCACCAGCACGCGGCCGCCGACAUGCGCUACUUCAAGUGGGGGCUGGCGCGCCUGAUCCUCGAGGCCGAGCCCCGCCCGGACGUGCUGCCCAUGUUUGUCGACGGCACCCAGCGGCUGAUGCCCGAGGACCGGGGGUUUCCGCGGUUCUUGCCGCGGGUGGGCAAGACGGUGCGGGUGGCGUUUGGGGAGGUGCUGGAUUAUGAAAGGACGUUUGGGGAUCUGAAGAGGAGGUGGGAUGGGUUGGUGCGGAGGGAGAGGGAGAGGGUUGGUGGUAGCAAUGGCGGUGGUGGUGCCAGCGGUGCUGGGAUACGUGAUGGAAAAGGGGUGGAUGGGAUGGCGUUGGUGGGGAAGGAGGCUGGCGCGGUGUCAGCGCCGGGGGAUUUGCCGACGGAGGAGCUGAUGUAUGGGAAGGAGGCGCAGGAGAUCAGGAUAGAGGUCGCGUUGCGGAUGCGGGCCGAGAUCCUCAAGGUCAGGAAGGCGCUGGGCGGAUAUCCUGAGCCGGAGCCGGCGUUUGGGCUGGCUGAGACGUGGCGGCUGGACGACGAUAUCGAGGCCAAGAAGUACAAGAGCCGAGUUGACGGGAGUGAUAUCAACCAGGAUUAGUUAAUUCCGGGGAUAUUGUGUUGGGAUAAUUUGGGCUGGUUGUGUUAUUACAGUGUAGAUAAAACCUCUGUUAGCCUGGUUAAGUUGUAGUAGACGGUCAAGCGGAACGGAUAGAAGGCGAAUGGAUAUUCAUGCGACGACUGGGAAUCCUACCCGAAACG